UUCUUCACAUUUUGUAUACACAGAAAAAAUACAACAAACAAUAUUCUUUAGUCCACGUUAAAUCAAAUAUUGUACUGUAAAGUACAACCUACUUAACAAUUUUCGAGGAAUCAGCAUGAAUGAACUUGCGUCAUUUCAUUCAAGACACCCAGUAUACACAAUCUAAAAUUGUAAACAACUUAAAGCGCUCUUUUUAUGACGAAUGUUGAUCUUUUUUCGUAAAGCAAAUUUUGCAUGAAUUUUUCAUUAUUGUAUCGCUUUGUAAUUAGUAAUAAAGUAGGUUAUAUCGAUCACAUUUAAUAUUAUUGUAAACGCUACCUUACUUUGGUGGCACAUUAAUAUUAGCAUAUAACCUCCUUAGUCACUCUGAAGUUUUGACAGUUGCGAAUGAUAGAUUACAUUGCUUUGUAAAAGCAUUAAUUCGCAUGUAGUCGUGAAUUAUGAAUAAAACUGCGUACUUCAUGUAUAUUUGACGUACAAUGGAAUAUCUGUGAUAAACCUUUUAUCAAAAUACUGUUAAAAAAUGUCUGCAAUUAUAGAUGAUAAAGUGGUUGCAGGAGCACAAUCUGCGAAUGUUGUUAAAGAAGAUCCUAUUGUAGCUUUAACGGAGAAAGUAAAUGCAUUAUAUUUUUUUCGAGAUCAUUACUUUGAGAAUCGUUCCAUCGAGGAAGCAAUUAAAAAGAAUGGUGAUGUAGAGAAACAAAUGAAAGAUACCAUAAACAAAUUUGAUGAAUGUAAAGGAUAUGAAAUUGAUGGCUCACGGGCAAAAUAUUAUUACCUGAAGGGAAAAGCCUUAAAUGUUACAGAACGUUUUAUACCUCAAGCAGAAGAAUUAUUAACUAAGGCAGUCAAAUUAGAACCUAACUUAGUAGAAGCAUGGAAUGAAUUAGGAGAAUGUUAUUGGAAAAACGAUGAUAUUCAACAAGCAAAAAAUUGUUUUGUUGGUGCUUUACGACAUGGUAGAAAUAAAGUAUCUUUACGAAAUCUGUCAAUGGUACUUAGGCAGGAACCAGCUUCUAAUACAGAGCAACGAAUAAAAAAUAUACAACAAGGAUUGGAAUAUGCUAAAGAAGCAGUUAGUCUUGAUACAACAGAUGGUACAUCCUGGGCAAUUCUAGGAAAUGGCUAUUUGUCUUCCUUCUUUACGGUAGCAAAGAAUCCUGGAACUUUAUCCUACUGCAUGUCAGCUUAUAUGCAAGCAGAAAAAGAUAUUGUAGCAGGGAGCAAUUCUCAUUUAUUUUAUAAUAAAGCAGUGGUUUUGAAGUAUCAAGAAGAUUAUUGCACGGCGUUGAAGUCGUUUGAAAGAGCAAUGUUGUUAGAUCCAAUAUGGGAAACACCACGUCAGAAAAGGGAUGAAUUGUUACAAUAUUUAAAGGAUGUACAAAGUUUAGUAAACAAUAAUGGAAAAGUCAAACCGAAGAGAUUGUACCAAAUGAUACGGGCUUUGGAUGUUAAACAUUUGGGACCAUAUAAAGGUGGCUCUUUCACUUCCGGCCAAAAAACUGUAAAAUUAGAUUUAGUAGCCUUGAAAGAUUUGGCUAUUGGAAUCAAUCCGGAGAAGGUUGUAUUUGGGAAAGUAGUAUGUUGGAUACAAGAUACCGAUUGUGUACCUUUCGCUUUUUGUCUUGUUGAUGAAGAAAAAACGUGUAUUGCUGUAACAAUAUACAACUUAGCCAAAGGUCGCGGUGUUACUGUCGGAGAUUCUGUUGCUAUACCUGAGCCUUUUGUUAUCCAUCAGAAGUUUUCCUACCUCAAUAAUGUUGGUAUACCGUUUAUAAAUCAUGUAAAAAUUACUACUUCCGGUAGCUACAUGUGCGUUUCUUUUUCCAGGACUUUGAUUUCAAAACGGUACGAGUUGAAACGCCAGUCGUAUUGGUUGUUAACGGAAAGAAACUAGGUAGGGAGCAACAAGCCUCUGCGAUAUUUCACACUUUUAAAAAAACCGAUUGAACAUAACCUAUAAUCCGCGGAUUAUAGUGAAACAUAGUUGACAACAAAACUUUCCUAUAACUCGGUUACGGACAUGUGUCAAUAGCCGAUAUGAUAUUUGAAUUUUGAGUCGAAGUAUUAUUACAUUCAUAGAAAUUAAAUAAUCUUACCGCAGUCAAUUUUGCUGGAGUUAGGCGGAUAUAUAUAUAUAUAUAUAUAUUGUUGCGUGU